UUUAAUAUUCUUAUAAAUGUCUAAGCCACCAAGGUUUAAAGUUUUUCAUAAAAUCUCAGAAGAAAAUGCUGAAGAGCUUACUUCCAUAAAAGAUAUGGUAGUCAUCAGGAAAACUCUCAAUGAAUUACUCAAUCCAUAUGCUAUGGCUGAGAAAUUUGCUUUAGAAGGUGAUGAAAAAUUGCAAGAGAAAUCAGAAAUAAUUCUUGACUUCCAUUGUAAUAAUUUUGAAUUUGCCCAGGCCCAAGAAUUUAACCACAAGAAGUUAGCCACAUUCCUUGAAAUCAUGGACUCAAUUUUUGAAAAGUGAAUGGCUGAGUGGAUUCCAAGAGAUAAAGCAAUGGUUUUAUUCAAAAAUUAUUUGCUAAGGCAUUCCAUACAAAGACCUCCUCACUCCUUAUUUGUGUUCAACCUGAACCAGGUGAAAGCAAUUACUGAUUAUGUACAACAAAGCUUCUUAAAGUACUACGCGAUGUACCAAUAUGCUAUAAUUCCAAAAUUAGAAUUAAAAAUGAGUCAUGAACAACUUUUCUAUUACAACCCUCCUGAAGUUCAGGAAGUAGAGGAAGGAGAGCAAGUCAGACCAAAAGAUGUUCCUGAUCUUAGAGAGUAUCUAAAUGAAGAAGACUUAGAACGUAUGGCUACUCCCAGAAAAGAAGGUGAGGGAGAAGAAGAAGUUGAAGAACAGCAAACUUAGAAAUAAUUUCAAUUUCAUUAAAUUC